GUGAGCGACGACAAGGCCAAACAUAGACCAACCCUGCUGAUCACUGGGAGCCUGGCCCUGCACACACUUAAGUGCAUGUGUGUUCCCAUCAGUAACGUAGGGAAGAGUCCAAAAAGACAUGCCUCACUUCCUGGACUGGUUCGUUCCUGUCUACUUGAUGAUUUCCAUCCUGAUCCUGGUGGGGUUUGGCGCCUGCAUUUACUACUUCGAGCCGGGCCUCCAGGAAGCCCACAAGUGGCGGACCCAGCGGCCCAUCACGGAGAGGGAAGUUCGGAAGACCUUGAUGAUCCGAGACAACUUGGGCUUCAGGCCGCCUGAAGUCUGA